AUGCCAUUUCUAACUGUUUUUCUCUUUCUAGGUUGGUGCUAUAGCUUUCCAUCCUGCAGUGAAUCUACCUGGCCUUCAAUCCCUGGUGUACACUGCAGUGGAAGCCGCCAAUCUCCUAUUAACAUUGUGAGCGCAAACGUCCAGGCUGAUGUGAACUUAACAUCGUUCAGCUUCACUGGUUAUGAUGAUGGCACAGUCAUGACUGAAAUGACCAACACUGGCAGGGACGUUAAGAUCACCUUGGACCAAAAAAAGAUGGUGGUUGAAGGUGGCGCUCUUCCUGGCAUUUAUUACAGCAAGCAGUUCCACUUACACUGGGGCAAUGGCAGCUCCAUGCCUGGAUCUGAGCACACCAUAAAUAGCAAAAGAUUCUCCAUGGAGCUGCACAUUGUGAAUGUUAAAGCUGGACACAAUUCUACUUUAAGUGCCCUUAAAGAUCCAACAGGGAUUGCUGUUCUUGGUUUCUUUCUUGAGGCAACCAAUGAUGCCGGUAAACCCAAGAGCUGGAAGACCCUAACCUCCUCUCUAGUAAAUAUCUCAAAUGCAGGUGAUCAAGUAGCAAUCAUGGAGCAUAUUACCAUGGACAGCCUGCUUGAAGGAGUAGAUCGGACUAAAUAUUACCGCUACCUAGGCUCUCUGACCACACCACCCUGUAACGAAGCUGUUGUGUGGACCAUCUUCAAAGACCCCAUUAAAGUCAGCCAAGAUUUGAUUGAUCUUUUCAGCACGAGUGUGUUCAACAAGAGCAUGACACCUCAACCGAUGGUUGAUAACUUCAGGCACACUCAGGACAUAAACGACAGGGUUGUGACCUCUCAGGACAGAAGCACCAGAGCAAAUUGGCUUUCAAAUUCGGCAGACAUCCAGAUCUGGAAUGUAUACUCAUUUACUGCAGCACUCCUGUACGUCAUGGUUGGUUCUAGCCACAUGAAUUAAAGCAUUACAGAUUUGGAGUGGCAACCAGGAUGCUUCUGAACUUCUUACCUGAAUGAAGAAUUAAUGAACAUUUUUAUUUUUAGGCAUAAGGUUCAUUUGUUUUUUGUUUUUUUUAACUCCAC